CAUGUGCGGGCCGACAAAAGAGAGUAGCGUAAAAAGAAAGCAAGAUGGGCCGGCCGGAGUUUUAUGGUUUAGCUAGCCUAAUCAUCCGCAGAUCUCUGGGCCAAAUACCAGACCCAUUAAACUGGUCCGUCCAAAGGGCAUAUACAUAAUACAAAUUACCCUUCACGUCUAAUCAUCGCCCAGACCGCCUGGCUACUGACCAUAACCUUAGAGAAACACCCUUAAAUUUUAACGAAGCAAAUUAUAGAAGAGUGCCUUAGCCAAAAGUCACCAAUCUAAGAAGGCAGGUUCAUGUGAGUUAAAAAAAAAAAAAAAGAAUUUCUCUCCCAAAUCUUUAACAAGAUAUAAAAACGAAAAGAAAGGGAGAGAACUCGGCAGCGUAGUGUUUCGAAUCGGCAUCCGGACCUUCAGAUCCGAGCAUCGUCGGUCGAUCGCCAUGUCAUCCUCGGUCUUCUCCACCGUCCGAUCCUUCUCGCAUUUCGCCUUCGUUUUCCUCUUCCUCUCUCUCGCCUUCGCUUCCGAGUCAGAUCACAAGUAUCAACCAGAUGAUCCAAUUACCCUUUGGGUGAAUAAAGUUGGUCCAUACAACAAUCCACAAGAAACAUAUAACUAUUACAGUCUUCCAUUUUGUCAUCCUGGUACCAAUCCUGCUCACAAAUGGGGUGGUCUUGGUGAGGUCCUUGGUGGAAAUGAACUGAUUGAUAGCCACAUUGAUAUAAAGUUCCAAAAGAAUGUGGACAAAGGUACUAUUUGCCAACUGGAACUUGAUGAAGCAAAGGUCAAACAGUUCAAGGAUGCAAUUGAGAACAGUUAUUGGUUUGAAUUCUUCGUGGAUGAUCUGCCUUUGUGGGGCUUUGUUGGCGAGCUGCAUCCUGAUAAGAACAGUGACAAUGGCAAGCAUGUUCUCUACACACAUAAGAAUAUCAUUAUUAAAUACAAUAAGGAUCAGAUUAUUCAUGUAAAUCUCACUCAAGAGAGUCCAAAGCCACUGGAAGCAGGGAGAAUAUUGGACAUGACAUACUCUAUCAAAUGGAUUCCAACUAAUGUAACUUUUGCUCGUCGCUUUGAUGUUUAUUUGGACUAUCCUUUCUUUGAGCACCAAAUCCAUUGGUUCUCUGUUUUCAAUUCAUUCAUGAUGGUUAUCUUCCUCACUGGUUUGGUGUCAAUGAUCUUGAUGCGAACUCUGAGAAAUGACUAUGCAAAGUAUGCUCGGGAAGAUGAUGAUCUGGAAACUUUGGAAAGGGAUGUGAGUGAAGAGUCUGGUUGGAAACUUGUCCAUGGUGAUGUUUUCCGGCCUCCUCGCAAUUUGGUUCUGCUUUCUGCUGUUGUUGGCACAGGUGCUCAGCUAGCAUUGCUUGUUCUCCUUGUCAUCUUAUUGGCCAUUGUGGGAACGUUGUAUGUCGGGAGGGGAGCAAUUGUCACUACUUUUAUAUUGUGUUAUGCUUUUACAUCAUUCAUUUCUGGUUAUGUGAGUGGUGGAAUGUACUCACGCAAUGGGGGUAAAGGUUGGAUAAAGUCAAUGAUCCUUACAGCGUCUCUGUUCCCAUUUAUGUGCUUUGGGAUUGGUUUCAUCUUGAAUACAAUCGCUAUAUUUUAUGGAUCUCUAGCAGCUAUUCCUUUUGGUACAAUGGUGGUUGUUUUUGUAAUUUGGGCUUUCAUUUCAUUCCCCCUGGCUCUUCUUGGUACAGUUGUUGGAAGAAACUGGAGUGGUGCUCCCAAUAACCCAUGCCGUGUGAAGACCAUCCCUCGCCCAAUUCCAGAGAAGAAAUGGUAUCUUACACCCUCCGUGGUCUCUAUGAUGGGAGGACUUCUGCCUUUUGGCAGCAUAUUCAUUGAAAUGUAUUUUGUUUUCACAUCCUUCUGGAAUUACAAGGAGCUGUUGGUUAUCUUGGUUCUAAUUUGUUUGUAAGGAGGAUCUACAGAAACAUCAAGUGUGACUAGAACUUUGCUGUAGGAACAUAGAACCGUUUGGUGCUUCAGGGAGUAUUUUUAGUUUUUGAGGCAAUAAACGUUGAGAGGAAGCCUCUGGUCAGAUAUAGGAGACCCAGCAAAGCCUACAGGUGAAAUCACAGGGUUUGACGGUAGGGAUGUAUUCUUGGUUAUGUGGACUAGGGGAAGCCCUGAGGUUUUUGUUUUGCUUUUUUUUUUUUUACCCGGCUGUAAUUGCAAGCCCUGAUUUAGAAUUCAGAUAUUGUUUUAUAAUUCCGAAGCUAGUUAAAAUGUUAAGACUUGUAUUUUGUUAUACUUUUGUCCUUGAUCCCUUUGCCUAUAGAUAUGUCCUGUGUGAGAGCUGAUGGUUAAAUUCCCUUAGGAUUUUUUAUCCUAUUUGCACCUGUUUUUUUGGGGGUAAGGAACUUAUCA